GACACGCCAGCCCAAACCCACGGGCGGGCCAGUGCAGUGACAUCAUCGUCAUCGACGCUUCGAUUCUUACGUGCUAGAAAUCAGGUUGGAAGUGACUUUAAGCGUUGAUUUGGGAAGUCGUUCCGGUAUUCAAAUAUUCUGUACAUACAUAAAGAGAAACGGCAACUAUUUCCGAAAGUACACCAUCGCUCUGCACUCUUGACGACCAUGUCUUUCAUACCAGGACAACCAGUUACAGCUGUCGUGCAGCGGGUUGAGAUCCAGAAGCUGUGCCAGGGAGACCACCUGAUCCUGGGCUUCAGCAUCGGAGGGGGGAUGGACCAGGACCCCGUACAGAAUCCCUACUCAGAGGACAAAACCGACAAGGGUAUCUAUGUAACCAGGGUAACACCCCAAGGACCAGCAGAAAAGGCUGGAUUAAUGAUGGGAGACAAAAUAAUGCAGGUCAACGGCUGGGAUAUGACCAUGGUCACCCAUGACCAGGCUCGUAAGAGGCUGACCAAGAAGAAGGAGGACGUUGUACGACUACUGGUGACCAGGAAGUCCUUGGAGGAAGCGGUCAAACACUCCAUGUGCGGGUACCCAAAACAAUAGGCAGCUUAAGGAUGUCUUCUGGGUGAUUUAACCUGAACCCUAUAUUCAUAAUAUUUCGGCUGCGGACAACUAGUCCAGUAUUGAUCUCGUACUGGACUAGUUCGUCCGGUCAAUGGAUUAACAUUGCAGCCCGUGGCUGCAAUGUUAAUCCAUUGACAGGGAGAUGUUAUUAUCGCCCUGUCAAUGUUAGUCCGCUUAAAAGCCUUUAUUUUUUUUCAAUGACAGGCUCAGAUUGUUAUUACAAGUGUCUGAUAUGAUUAUGGAAAGGAUCCCUACAAUGAAAGUACCUUUCACUGGUUCGGUCUGUUCAUGGUUGCGGUUCGACAAAAUAACAAACAGACCGGAUUAAGCGACAGGUAAAGAAGAAAGCAGUAUUUCUCUGUAGGGAUAAUUUCCAUUAGGUGUUUUUCACUCACAAAAAAUAACGAUCUGAGCCUAAUCUGUGACUGAAACAAGUACUUGAAGAGGACUUGCAUGGAUUAAUUCCUCACUGGGUUACAUUGCAGCCAGGUAGGGUCCAGCUUGAAAAGUCCCAAAUUAUCUUUUAAACCGAUACUGGACGUUGGUUAUCGGGAACAGAUCAAUUCAACCAAUCAGUAUGAGGAGUUGCAGCGUCUAGUUCAUGAUCAUACACUCAAAAACUACAAUCAUACAGACGCCCUGUGAAAGUACUGCUUGUUUGGCGGUGAGGUGCCAAGAUGUCAAGUCUGUAAGAAGCUCUUUUAUUGCCAUUGGAGUGCCUCUACCUGCCUGGUUUUAAGCGACGAGUCAUUUCAAUUCAAUGCGGCGCUAAUCAUUCUCAGAGAGAAAUAAGUAGGCGAUUGCUUUAGAAAGAUUGUUAAACUAUCCAGCCCAUACAUACAGGGCCUAUUGUCUCUAUGGCACACGACAGCCUGAAUGCAAACACCAUCCAGUACCUGCAUAAAUUCAUUUUGAAAGGAAUGUGCAUAAUGGCAUAUAUGCUUACAAUUCCAGAAAACGUUCUGCUCUAUUAAAUAACUACGACCUGUUUAAAGUCCUUGGCAAAUGGGAGGGCCUACAAUGACCAUCUAAAAGGUUUGCCUUUCAAGGUAAUUUUUGUUUUAAAUGCUAACUAUUACCAUACACAUACACAUUCACACACACUUGGGAUCAUUUGGGAGGAUUGGGGAUUUGUGAUUUUUAGUUUGCUUGUUAGAUUAUAAAAUAUCUUCAAAAACCAAAGCGGCUUGCUAAACUACACGAAACCAUUCAAAAACAACUUUUGUACUCCUUAUAUAUGCAAUUGAUUUUUAUACUACAUUCUGUAUUGUUUGUUUUACCACUACCUACUUAAUCUAUACCAUUCAUAAUGACUAUGUCCACAAGUCCCCAGUUAUGUUGUCAUGGAUCUCAUUAUUUGUACCUGCUUUAUUGGUAGUCACACAUUUCAGCAUUUAAUUUGUGUCAAAGCAGGGACAUUUACCUCAAUCCAUUUUUAAUUUCUUUGCGGUGAUUUAUAGUAUGGAUUUAGUAUGGAAGUAUUGUGUCCAACACAAUAUCACUAUUUACAUUAGAGCAAUAUACCUUUUGCAUGAGUUAUUUGAACCCAAACACUAAUUUGAGAGAUUGUUAUUAUGAACCUUCCUAUUUUUGAUACGUUAAGUUAUAUGUUCUUUCACGUAUUGCAUUAAUUCACUACUUCUAACACUGUAACAAUUUGUAGUUUGAUUUCUUGAAUCUGCCUGCUAUUGAUGUGAACAAGCAGGUCAAGGAACACCCCCUACUUGAACUGAAAAAUCUUCCAUUUUCUACUUACUAUUUUCUAUUUUUCUCUCAAAAUGAUGAUGCUUUGAAUGCAGAUGGCUCUGGGGUUUGCUUAACCAAAACAGUCCAGCGAAUAAAAAAAUAAAAUAAAAAUAGUGUGUCCUUGUC